UCACUUGCAUAUCUCCAGCUUCUUUCCUGCACGUCCAACUGUUCAGCUUAAAGCAUAGCCUCACCGUUCAGCCAAUCAAACAACCUGGGAACAGUUACAUCUCGUCUACCUUCAAACCAACGACGUCGAUUUAAACCUCCGCCUUUCCUCCUUUCUAGCUUCCACCUCCUCAUCUUAACUUCUACAUUCUCACCCAACAAACAAAUCCCACAAUGCCUCACGCAACCUCACCCCCAGACACAGCCGCAAUAGACGACUGGGAAUCAACCCCAUCUCCCGACCCACCAAACCGCCGCACCAUGGCCUCGGAUCGAGAAACUCAAGAGUUUAUCUCCCCCGUACCAUGCACCUGGGACGUCCCAUUAAGCAAAGAAAAGAUCGAGAAGCUGAAAUUGGGGUGUAGACCGCGGGAUAUGGAUGACAAAUGGUUUGUGUUUGCGAGCGAGGAGUGGAAUGGGACUGUUCGGGUGCAUUAUUUUAGGAGUUGGACGGGGAAGAAGUGUUACGAGUUGGUGGUGGAGGUGGGGGAUGAUGGGGACGGGAGGGUUAAGGAGUUAGUGUUUGAGACGCGGCUUGGGGAUGAGAAGGAGGCGAAGGAGAUGGUUUUUGGGGUUUCUAGGUCGGUUUUGGAGGUGUACUUCGGUGAGGGUGUGUGAGAGAGUGAGUAGUAGGUGGAAUAUUGUUCGGUGAGAAGAUUUUUCCUCUGAAUGUCCCAACCCAAGUCCCAACUUCAGGAGCCGAAGAAACUUCUGUUCGGGACGUACAAUGAAUUUGAAUUAUGUGAGACUUCACUUCCCGAAAAUGCGGGGC